AUGGCCGAACGAGAUUGCGAGGAUCGGAACGAAGCAUUAGACCCGGAGCUCCUCUAUACCAAGGAGUAUUGCAUCGGUGGUGGCAGCUUCGGCAAGGUCUACAAAGGGGUUGAGAAACGGAGUGGGCAAGCUGUCGCCAUCAAGAUUAUCGACAUCGAAAGCGCCGAGGACGAAGUCGAAGACAUCAUACAGGAGAUCGCCAUCCUAUCCGAGCUGAGGUCGCCCUACGUUACCAAGUACUACGGCUCGUACGCGAAAGGCGCCGAGCUAUGGAUCGUCAUGGAGUUCUGCUCCGGCGGGAGCUGCGCCGACUUGAUGAAGCCCGGCAUGAUAGGGGAAGACUACAUCGCCAUCAUCAUCCGAGAGCUGCUUUUGGGCUUGGACUACCUGCACGCCGACAAGAAGCUCCACCGGGAUAUCAAGGCGGCAAAUGUCCUACUGAGUUCCAAUGGCCAGGUCAAGCUGGCCGAUUUUGGCGUGUCUGGGCAGCUCUCGGCAACCAUGACGAAGAAGAACACAUUCGUCGGAACUCCGUUUUGGAUGGCCCCGGAGGUCAUUAAGCAGUCCGGAUACGAUCACAAGGCGGACAUCUGGUCCCUCGGUAUUACAGCCUUGGAGCUCGCCAAUGGCGAGCCGCCUUACGCCGACAUCCAUCCCAUGAAGGUUCUCUUUCUCAUCCCGAAGAACCCCCCGCCCAGGUUGGAAGGCAACUUCACGAAAGCCUUCAAAGACUUCAUCGAGCUCUGCUUGCAGAGAGACCCGAAAGAAAGGCCGGUGGCUAAGGAGCUGCUCAAACACCCGUUCAUCCGAAAGGCAAAGAAGACGACCUACCUGACGGAGUUGAUUGAACGCUUCCAUCGAUGGAGCGCAACGCACAAGACGGAAGACGACGAACCCCAAGACGAAGGAGAGGCCCUUACCGAACGAGAAUCCGUCAACGAGGAUAUGUGGGACUUUGGUACCGUUCGGCUGGUCGGAGACAGGGGUGGCAUGGCAAAUCGGCCGGGGCUGAAUCCGACGGACGAUUUGGCGAGAAACGCGAGGGCGCCGCGGCCGCUAGAAGCAGACUACGGAGAGAGCCCGAGGGCGAUCUCGCCGGACAAGGUCCAGACUCACGAUUUCGCCGACUCGUCGCUGUCUAGCACGAUGAAGCUAGCUGGCCCUCCGACGGGGGGGACGCCACGCCAGCCUUCCCCCCAACGAAGGCCUGUCCCGACCGGGACGCCAUUGUCACCUUCGAAGGUGCCCUUACCCCCGUCACCACCGAAGCACGCACAAGAUCCGAGCACUCCACGAGCCCCGUCCAAGCAAAUUUCCGUCGUCCCUACUCUGACGUCUCCCGACUCCGACCGGGCGUGGAGAGAGCAGAUGCAGCACGAUAUGACGUUGCUCAGCAUAGCCCCUCCCUCUCAGCCGUAUUACGCCAAUCCGCCGCAAUCCCUGGCGUCUAAGAAUUCGCAAUCGCAUCUCCAGCAGCAGCGAGGAAUCGUAAAGCCGAGUCCGUUCAAAAUACCCGAGAUCCCGCCGUACCGCGGGCCCAGCUUCCACCAGCAGCCCCCAGCGCAAAGAGCGACGACGCAGCAACCGUCCAAUCCGAACUCGCAAGCCUUCCCGUCGAAAGCGCAGCCCAAACAGCCGGCGCCGGCGCCCGACGGCUUCCCGCCACCUGGGCCGGCGAAUCCGAACGGCGAGCUGGACGCGCUGAACGAUGUCAUCUUCCCCGCGCUCGAGGAGGCGCUCAAGCGGCGGCAGAUCCGGCUGCAGCAGCUCUACCGGAACGAGAAGGUGAUCACGCCUCAGCGACAGCGCGCCGAGGCGGCGCACGACCGCAUCCGCAAGAACGUUUACAAGCUCGCCAACGUGUGCAAGGAGAUCGACCGGCUCGACAAGAGCGAACCGGUCAGUAUGGGCAAGGAUUUCGGCACGUUCCUCGAGGGCCUGCUCGAGGAGAUCCUCGUGCGCGUCGAACCGCUAGACGAGGAGGAUGGCGCGUGUGAGUAG